AUGACAUAUUUCAACCAAAUUCCUGAUCACAAAAACGCAGAGCACUACACUCGCCCAGAGCCGAAACUGCUGCCUCAGCAGACAGAACAGAGACACCAGAUGGUGGCAAACUCGAGCAGCUCAGAAUCGUUCCCAUGUCGGAAAUCUGCAUCAGCGAAGGGCAUACAGAAACAGGCUAUUCCGAACAAUAGAAAGGGUCGUCCUGAACAACACAAUCUCGGCUUGGAAGAGCUGAAGGUUCAGAACACUACCCUAAUGAUGGACCGUAUUGAACUCAGCGAGACUCACCGCAUGCACCUUUCCCAGAUGAAGCAGUUACUGGUGGAGGAGCGCAAGGAGAAGGACCACGUUGUCGAGGCGAGAGCAAUGGAUACCACAGGGCACCACCAACGUCUCCGCGAACUAGAGGAGCAGAUCGGGACCCUAAUUCGAGAGAAAGAGAACCUAGUCGCUCAAGUCGCCCAAGGAUCAGCGAUGCUUCAAAGCAAAAAGCUCGAAGAGCACAUCAACCACCUUACUCGGGAGUACGAAGAUAUCGCCACCCUGCACGAGGAGCUCGCACAGCAAGUCGUGAGUCACAGCGCCGAGGUGACCAGGCUCCAAGUGGAGAAUGCCCUCCUCGCUAGAGCCAAGGACGAGGUUCAGGUCGAGAUUAAAGGGGAGGGCCUCGAGCGCCAGGCCGAACAGGAUGUUGAGGGUAGCCUCUCUUUGACCGUGGAGCUAGUCAUCUGGCUCGCGGGGAAGCUCAAACCAAAAAGCAACGAACUCACCUCCCUCACAGGAAGCCAAAACAAGCGGAAGCGGAACGAAUGA